GUGGAGCUGGUGUCGAGUUAGUGUUGUCAAUCUUGUGUCACGAGAAGAAAAUACAAAACGAACAUGAUCGUGUUUCGAUUGGUGAUUACAUCUUUAGCUUUUCUGUUGCUUCCUAUUUGGUGCUAUGUUAUAACGCCUUUUGGCUCCAAUGCUGCAAGAGCGGCUCCUAACGUCAGUACAGUGGUUUUUGAGCUAUUCACACGGUUUAAUCCAACGCAGGCUCAAAUCCUUGAAUUAGAUAACUUGCAAGCACUGGAGCAGUCUUUCUAUGAUCCAUCACUACCAACCAAGUUCUUUGCUCAUGGAUUGCACGAUGGCCCGGGUGCUGCCUAUUCUAGCAGAGAUGCUUACCUACAACGCGAAGAUUGCAAUUUUAUUGCCAUUGAUUGGUCCGUAUUAGCAUCGGGUAUCGAAUACCCCAUAAUUGUUGAACGCGACGUACCAAGAGCAGCAGUACAUACAGGCCAGUUCAUCGACUUCCUUGUCGGGAACACAGGAGCUCCUUUCGAGUCCAUUCACUUGAUGGGUCACAGCCUUGGAGCUCAUGUCGUUGGAGGAGCUGGAGCCGCGGUGACUCUAGGAAGAAUUCCUCGUAUAACUGGUUUGGAUCCAGCAGGACCGUUAUUCUCCCUCAAUGAAACGGAUACGCGAUUGGACACGACGGACGGUGAUUUUGUCGACAUAAUUCAUACAAACGGUGGUACUCUGUUGCACGAUCAGCAAGGUUUCUUACCCCCAAUUGGGCAUGUUGACUUCUAUCCUAAUGGUGGCCAGUUCCAACCUGGCUGCACGGCCAACCAUAUCAAAUCAACAGGACAAGAAAGAGGUGCCUGUGAUCACGCAAGGGUGGUGACUUACUUUGUUGAGUCCAUUAACAGUGAUGUCGGUUUUCGUGCUGUCGAAUGCGAAACACAAGCGGACUUUGAAGCAGGAUUAUGCUCCGAUAACGUAGCCGUCCUUAUGGGUGAUCCUACACCGUCUUCAGCUCGAGGCAUCUAUUACCUGGCGACAAAUGACAAAGCACCGUUUGCCUUGGGAUAACCUUCCCACAAAGAAGAAUAUAAAUUGGCCUAUUAAAAAUGACGAUGACACCUCCAAUAAGAAAACUGUGCAAAAUACAAUCAGAUAUCGGAA